AUGUUAAGGGCUCAGAAGUUACAUUCGUUGGAAUCUUCUGAUAUUAGUGCAAUUCUACCCAUCGAACAAUCGCAAAAACUGGUUUUAGCGAAGAAGAGUGGUGACGUAGAAGUUUACUCUCGAGAUGGCAAUACGUAUAAACUAUUUCAACUGUAUCCGGAUCUUUUACAGAAUGCUAAAAACGAGUCUUCCUUUCCAUUGAUUGAGAAUUUCUACUUUGCGAACGAGCUCUCUACCAUCUUUGCACAGUGUAAAGAAACCUUAAUUUUACUGAGUACUACUAAUUUACAAGAAUAUGAUCGAAUCAUUGAUAGAAGGGGCAUAAAACAUUGCUGGCUGUUUGAAAAGACACACAAAAACAAAGAAGAAGUCACCACUUACUUGGCAUAUUCAACAAUCAACACUUCUAAGAUGCGAAUAUUAAUAUGGGAGGGAAGAACGUAUAAGAACAUGAUAGAAGCGUCAUUAUCAUUUAGGAAGGAAAUCAUAAGGUCCAUAUAUCCUGGAGAAGUAGGCAUUGUUUUAACGACCGAUCUAGGAAUAUACCAUUGGCCCUAUAACAAGUCAUCUUUAAUUAGAGUUGAGAAAACAGUGAGAAACAAAUAUCCUAAGGAUAUGAUAUCAGCGUUAACGGAACUAAUGAAUCAAACAGAAAAAACCGUAGAGAAGAGCCCAAAAAAACAUCAUCGUGAUGAUACUCAAUCCUUCUCUUCUAUGGACCGUAUGUCCAGGAAAUCAAGUGUAUCAAGUAUAUGGUACAGAGGCAUAAGUAGCGAUCGUUGUAACAAAAUACGAUAUAUCUUCGAACUGGAAGGCGAUGACCCUGCUCCUCUAAUAAUCGAUGGAACUACCAAGAAACUAUUUAAACUAGACUUCAUGCAUAACAAUGAAGAGCCGUUUUUAGUCGCUACCGAUCAUACUACAUUUUCCGAAUCAAAUUCCGAAUUCGAUCACAUGCACUAUUUGUCAUCCCACUUGCUGAUGCUAUAUAACACAGAUACUAUCAAAUUCGUCGAUUACGCAAAUGGAUUUACCUUUUUACAGCAAAAAAUACCAGAGGGUAUAAAAUGGGUGAAGAGUCUUUCCGGUACUUAUUUUUUGGUAUGGACUUCGAAUGAUGAGUUGCAGUUAUUCUCCUACCAUGUAGAUGAUGGAUCUGAUGAUUAUGAUGAAGAGUCAAUUUGCGGUGACAUUAGUGAUCCUGACUUUUAUCAACUGUGGAGAAAAGUUCUUUUUUAUAAGUUCUUCAUCAACUCUCCUAAUUCUACAGAGUUAUGUGUAUCAGAAAACCCCCAAGAGUCAUUAGAUAUAUGUGCUAUGAAACUGAGAGACUUAACUGUGAUGUGGUGUUUGAGAAUUUUUGAUAAAUUUCAAAAUUACAUGAUCCAAUUGGAAAGUAGCAAAAACUCAAAGAUGCUCCGAUCCAAAUGUGAAGAAAUAAUCGUUAAAGAUAUAUUCGACUUAUUUAUCAAAUUUUGGGCUCCGCCUCAAUUAGUUAUAUUGAAAGUAUUUCCUUCUGCUAUUUCAAGUCUGGUAUUAGAAAUUACUGGCCAAGAGCAUCAUUGCUUGUUCAAGGAAGCCGAAGAAGCUAAAGAGACAUAUGACAUUCCGCCACAUCUAUUGAACAAGUGGUGCUUACCGUAUCUUACUGAUACUAGAAGACACCUGCAGAAUUUGUUAAGUGGACAGCACGAUGACGAAAACCGUAUAACUUGGUUUUAUCGCGACCGAAAAAUUAAGCAGAAUUUUGACUUUUUCCUCAUCAAUAACCAUGAUGACGUGGAUCUUGAAACCAUGUUAACUUUGAUAGACACCGUUUUAUUUAAAUGCUAUCUUUAUUAUAACCCUUCCAUGGUGGGUCCAUUCAUCCGUGUAGAAAAUCACUGCGAUUCGGAUGUCAUUGUGACUGAGUUGAAAAUACGUCAUAUGUUUAAAGAUCUUAUUGAUUUUUACUACAAACGUGGGAAUCAUGAAGAAGCCUUAAAGUUUCUUACAAAUUUGGUUGGUGAAUUAGAAUCCGAUAAUACAGAAGAAAAACAACGACAAAAAAUUGAGCAUGGCGUUAAAAUCUUAGUUAUUUAUUACUUGAAAAAGUUGUCUAAUUCAGAAUUAGGCGUUCUUUUCAAAUAUACUGACUGGCUUUUGAAAAGGAACAACGGUUCGAUUCAGGAAAUUAUUUCAUCGAUAUAUUUUCACGAUUCUCAAGCAUGUAACGGAAGGGACCACUUAAAGAUAUAUGAAUAUAUCCAGAAGUACGACAAGUUACUCGCUCUCCAAUAUUUGGAAUUUGCAAUCAGUACCUUUCGAUUGGAAGGGAAUAGCUUGCACACUAUUUUGAUCAAGCUAUACCUUAAAAAUUUGGAUGUUCCCUCAACCAAAAUCAAGCUAAAAUCACUACUAGAGACAACAUCCGUCUAUGAACCCAGAACAAUACUAAGAUUACUAACUGAAACUAUUGAGGCCGGGGCGGAUCUUUUGCCCGCGAAUGACCUCAAAUUCGUUAAAUAUUUGAAGAUAUUUCCUUUAUCAAAAUUAGAAAACCAUGAAGAAUCGGUACGAAUAUUGCUUGAUGAAGUGGAUGAUUACAAAGCAGCAACAAACUAUUGUGAUGACGUAUACGAAAGCGACUCAACAAAGGGAGAGAAGCUUUUGUUGUACCUAUACGAUAAACUAGUUUCUAUAUAUGAUUCAAACGGAAAUUCCAAGCUGAUUCUGGGGUUUUUACAAGACCAUGGUUCAAAAUUAAAUUCGGCGGAGAUAUACAAAAACCUACCUCAGGGUCUCCCCUUGUAUGAUAUCGGUAGAGUGAUUUCUCAAUUGUUAAAGAAGCACUCGUCGAAAAUGGACGAAACUAGAAUAGAAAAGAAUCUCCUUCAAGUUGAGCUUGUGACCACUACUUUCUAUCUCAAUGACAGUUUAUCUUCAUACGGAGUCUUGUCGGAUAGCCAUAAAUGCCCUAUCUGCAAGAAAAUAAUCUCGAACUUCGGAACCGAUUCUAUUUCAUGGUUUACUAGAGAGGGUAGAAAUAUCGUCACGCACUAUAAUUGUGGGAAAGUACUACAGGAUCGUUUUACUGCUCAAACUAAAGCGUCUUCCAAAACUGAACAAAAGACUUUGGGAGACGUUAAGAAUGAAAUAAGCAACAAGUAA